AUGACUGACAAAGAAGUAAAAGAUAAGCAGGACGAAAACAAAGAAUUAUCUUUACCAGAAAAACUACUUGAAACAUUUAAAUCAUCACCGACCAAUCAAAUUUUGUUUGGUCUUGCGUCUGGUUGGAUUUCUGGUUAUGUGGUGAUCAAAAUUGGCAAAACUGCUGCUCUGGCUCUAGGAGGAGGCAUAAUAAUACUGCAAGUAGCAAAUAAUAAAGGCUUCAUAGAUGUAAAUUGGAACAAAGUUAGCAAUAAGAUAGACAAAGUCAGUGAAGAUGUUAAGAAGAAGGUGGAUAAUAAGACAGGAUUUUGGAGAAAAAAUGUGAUUGAUUUGGUUAUAAGCAACAAAGAAGUUUCUUCAGCGUUUUGCGGUGGAUUUUUAAUAGGUUUAGCUUCAAAUUAAGUUUUUAUUAAAUAUAAGUUUUGGCUGAAAUGUUAACUUGAAUUCUAAUAAAAAUUAGGAUCCAAAUUCUUUAUCAAUUAAUUAACAAUUAAAUAUAAAAAAACACUUUAUUCAAAGUGCUUAUAAAGUAAAAUUUUUAUAAUAUUUUUUGCAUUCAUUAGAGAUUGCCACUUUCUAAAAUAAAUACCCAAAAAACUUACUAAUGAUAAAGUAGUUAAAAUUCAAUUACACAAAUCUAUUCUUGAGUAAAUGAAUUGUUUGUGUAAAAAAACAAUUAUUAGAAUUAAUCAAAUUUGUUUUAAAAUGUUAAUUGGCCAUGCUCCAGAUAUUUCGUCAUAAUUUUUAGUAGUUUGUCCAAAAAUUAAAUCAAAUUAACAAAAAAAA